GGGGAACGCGGGGCCGGUCACGACCGCUAUACAUGACCUUGAGCUCUUAUUCUCCCUUCCAUGGCCGUUUGUGUUCAAUCUUGUCGAGGUGCGUUUUUCGUCUUUUCACAUUGCACCUGGAAGCUUAUUGCCACACUUCUUGGCCAUCGUCGGCUCAGCAAUGGUGCGUGUGCUGCUUUGUUCGGCGACAUCGGCGCUUGCUUACACGAUGGGCGCGGACCUGCGGUUCAUGCAGAUGUCAGUGCAUGGGUCGGGCGGUUCAGAGGCGGCAAAUCUACGGACUGGAAAAUUCAACGUAAUUUUAAUAAUUACAAAGCCCGCAGAGCAGGAGUCACUGCGGACUCUAGGAACAAUCAAGCAGGAGGGGGAGGCAACGGAACUCAAUCCAGCUGGCCGUGCACAGCCUUCAGUUGCGCCCCAGAGAGCACCACGACUGCCAAGAGGAGGACUGAGGCAACCCAGCAGGCCCCCAGAACGGCCCAAGACGUCAAACGUCCCACACAGAGCUCCCAGAGGAGCCUCGAAACGAGCAAGCCCAACGGGUCCCUCGUAUGCCCUGGGCCGUAAGACCCAGGCCCAGGGCUUGGGCCCAGGGCUUGCAAAGUAUGGGGUUCACUUGGAACGAUUUCGGGCAGCGUGAGUGAGCUUUCAGCAUCCACCAAGGUUUUCUGCGUUACGAUGAUGCUGGAAACCACCUGGAAGCCAAUUCCCUCAGGCCCCUCCGCUGUCCCCCUUACCCCCGCCCUGAUGCAUGCUGCGGCGGUGGGGUGGGUGCCACCGGAAGGCCCCCACGCCGGCACCAACAUCGGCGUACGAUGCUUGUGGUGAAGGUUACAAUCUUCAAGGAUAUCCAGGUGACGACGAUACCACUGGCUAUUAUUAUUGCCAGAACUAUAGUCCUGGGUCUGGCUCACCGCCAACAGUUGAGCAUGCAGUCAGUGCUGGUACAGCUGGAGUUGGCGAGUGCAGGGCGUUGUGCGACGCAGACAACACAUGCACGUACUUUGCAAAGUAUGGCGCUUAUUGCAACGGUCCAUGUUUGAGUACUUGGGAGACAAGAUGCUUUUUGAUCGCGGACUGCGGUGCCCCCAUUCUAUAUCCAUCCACAGGGUAUUACGGCGCAGUAUACUGUGAAAAGGCACAGACCCCCGCGCCAACACCAGCGCCCACGCCGGCGACGCCCAGUCCGACGCCCAGUCCUACGCCGAGCCCAACGCCCAGCCCCUUUGCGCCGCUUUAUUGUCUGCAGAUUGUCACUGGCACUGCGUCCAACAAUCAAGGCAGCGUGGACGUGAGCGUGGACGUGGGCAGUGGACUUGUGCAAGAGGCCUCCGGUGUCUUUGCCCAAGGUGCAACAGUGCUCUCGAAGUGUUUUUCCAGCGCGAUCCUGGCGCUGCAGAUGCGCAAUCCAACAACGGAUGCCUGGGCAGGCAGCAUGCUGUAUUCCACAGAUGGUGGCAACACAUACGUAUCGGUUGCAUGCGCAGACUGUUCGGGGACUACAGAUUCAGGCUCCAUGGUUUUCGAUGGAAACACCGACGGAGCCAACCAGGGUUCGACUCAGUGCCUCAAUGGAAAUACGUGCAGCUUCAUUAUGCCGACUCUUGCGCCGACGAUGGCGGCGCCGAAUCUUGGAGGGGUCGGCGCCACUGGCGAUCACCGUGAUUUUCCAGGGCUCGUGGCCAUGGGAGCGUGGACGCCGCGUCAUUUACAAAGGAUCCUGGCCCUGUAAGCGCGGACGCAUCGUAAUUUACAUAGGGUCGUGACCCUGUGGGGGCGGACA